CACCCAGACUCCGCAGCAGCGGCUCCAGCCCUCUCCGCUUGGCUCACGUGCACCUGGGUCCUCGCUCGACGCGGGGCGUGGCCGACUCCGCCCUCUCUGGCCGGAGGCUCCUCCCCCGGUAUAAAAAGGCCGGCCGGCUCCGCGUGUGCAGCCAGACCCGCCAGGCAGCAGGUGGCGUCUACAGGUGUGCUCCGCCUCCACCUCGCUCGCUUGCCCGCCCGCCCCUCCGCCCGCUGCUCCGCCCGUUUGCCAUGUUGGUGCAACUCAAGACGGCUUUCCGACAAGCCGGGAAGAUGCCCGGAGGGACUUUGCCCAAACUGGAAGCCAACGUCCUGGUCAUCGGGGCGGAGAAAGUGGGGAAAUCGGCUUUGACUGUCCGGUUUCUGACCCGAAGGUUCAUUGGUGAAUACGGGAAUAUUGAAUCCAUUUAUAAUCACAACAUGAAGAUGGCCGGCCAGAGAGCAUCAUUUAGUAUCUGGGAUUCGGCCUGCCCACAGGUAACCAACCUCCAGAGCUACCUGAACGAGAAACGGCUCCACUGGGCCGAUGGUUUCAUUAUCGUCUACAGCAUCUGCGACCGGGCCAGUUUCGCUUUCGCCCGUCGUCAGCUCCAUUGGCUCCGGCGUUCAAAGAAGAGGAACGGGGCAGGAAGGGUGCCCAUUGUUUUGGUGGGCAACAAACGGGACUUGGCGCACCAGCGGGCCGUGUCCAGCGAGGAAGGACGGCUAUUGGCCCUGUCCACCAACUCUGGCUUUUUCGAAAUUUCCACCGCCGAGACCUACCAUGGUUCUUUGGUGGUCUUCCACGAACUUCUCAACAUGGUCCAGGACUCGAAGAGUUUCGCUAAGAAGACGGUGGGAAUCCGGGAGAUUCUCCGUAGCGUGUCGGCCAUCUUUGGGCGAAGAAGGACGGACUGAAGCUUGGCUGUGGGGGGAAAAACUAAGAGCAGGUCUUGAAAUAUAGCAAGAUUUGUGAGGAUGGCUUGUUGACCUCAACAGCGAUUCCUUCUCGUGGAUCGUCAGAUUAAAAAAAAAAUUUUUACAAAAGGAAGCAAGGAAACUCGUACGUGGUGUACUGGGCUCUCUGCACAGCUUGAAGUGUUCUUUUUUGAUUGCCCUGGGAAACAAGUGAGAAAUAGUAAAAUCUCUCUAUGCUAGCAGCACAAUCUGUCUCUAGCAAUUCACAGGGCUCCAUUUCUAAGAGUUAUCAGCACAAACGGCCAUCGCUCAGACUUUGAAUACGGAACAGGGAACAACGUAGAUGUUUUGGAUGACAGGCAGAGAUCCUUGCGUUUUAGUAAACCUGGCAAUCUAUCCAGAACACAUAAUAAUAAGUGUUGAAAGGGAUUUUAGAGGUCUUCUAGUCCACACACUCCUGCUCAGGCAGGAAAGAACUAUACCAUUUCAGACCAAAUGGUUGUCUAAUCUUCUUAAAGACUUCCAGCGUUGGAGCAUUCGUAAUUUCUGGAGGCAAGCAGUUCCACUGGUUCGUUGUUCUCACUGUCAGAAUAUUUCUCUUUAAUUCCAGGUUGCUUUCCUCCGUGAUUCGUUUCCAUCUGUUGCUUCUUGUUUUGCCUUCAGGUGCUUUGGAGAAUAGUUUGACCCUCCCCUCAUCUUUGUGGCAGCCCCUCAAAUACUGGAAGACUGCUAUCAUGUCACCCCUAGUUCUUCUUUUCAUUAAACUAGACAUACCCAGUUCCUGCAACCGUUCUUCGUAUGUUUUAGCUUCCAGUCCCCUCAUCAUCUUGGUUGCUCUUCUCUGCACUCAUUCAAAAACAGUCUGAUAACUCUUAGUCUGAUAUCUACUUUGAAUAUAGUCAAUCCAUUUUUCCCAUUCCUUUAAGUAUCUUUCUUGCGUAUUGUCUUUCAAAAAGGCUGAUAUCUUCGCCAUCUCAGCCAAAUUGGCAACUUUCAAUAUCCAUUCUUCUAUUGUAGGUACUUCUUUUUUCUUCCACUAUUGUCCCAUUAGUAAUCUUGCUGCUGUUAUUAGAUUUAAAAUCGAUUUAGUCUCAAUUACUGUACAGUCCGUAAUAAUUCCCAACAAAAAAAAAACCUGUUGAAUUUCAUUUUGUUAGACAGCUCCUCAUGUUCAAGUCUGUCCAGAUCCCCUUCUUUUUCUUUUUCUUUUUUUUUUAAUACUGGUUAUCUAUUGAAUACAUUUCUUCGUGCUUAACUAACAACAACAUUGUGUUGUCUGGAUAAUCAUUGCAUAAUCAUUAUCAAUUUGCAUUCUUCAUCUCCACCUUUUUUUUUUUCCAGGCGCUGGUAAAAUAGCUUCCACGCUUGAUAAUAAAUCUACAUCUUCUUUCUGUUUCAUUUUCGAUCUCAGUCUCUAUCUGCGCAAUCUAACAUCUUCUCAACAAUCUCCUGCUGUAUCUUAAGCCCAUCUUCUGGAAUGCUGGCUAUUCCUGCCAGCUUUGGCAUCGUCUGCAAAUUUGACGAGUUCCCCAUCUUCUAUCCCCUCAACCAGGGGGUGGGCUGCUGGGGGUUCGGGAGAACCUCUAGCUUAAGAUUCUGUGCAGUUUGGAGAAACCCCAAAUCCCAUUCCUGGCUGGCUCCGUCCACCCGCCCCGCCCCUCCCAAGAGUCCCCACGCGGCCCGUUUUGGAUGCUGGUAAGUGCAGGGCGUGCGCGGAGGCUCGGGGAGGGCGCAAAACAGGCCCACUGGAAGUUCAGGAGGGCCGGAAAUGGGCCUGUUUCCCCCCACACACGUGGCGUAGGAGGCCGACUAUGCCACGCCCACCAUGGCCACACCUACCCCUAAGCAACCGGGCGGAGAACCCCUUGCUAAAAUUUUUGAAGCCCACCCCCGCCUUCAACCCAGGGUGACAUCUUGCAGGUCCAAGAAUGUGACAGGGAGACGAGACUGAUAUUUUUCAUCCUUUGUAUAUACCCAGAGAGCUAAGAUAUUUAUGCAUCACCCUCUCACUUUGCAGCCGAAUAAUUGUUGUUGCUGUUGCUGUUGUUGUAAAUGCAGCAAUUACGUCUUCUUCCUCCCGCUCUCCUGAAACAUGAAUAAAUUUUCUGAAGUCUUUUGGAGACUCUGCAAGGGACUGAAGAAAUUAUUAGGUUGGUUGGAGGGAAAAAAUAAUAAUAAGAGAGCUGACUUCAGGGCAAAAAAUGUACUGUAUUUGCCAGCAUGCAAACCCAAGUCUUCGCUCAGCAUGCUUUCUGCAAUUAAGUUCUCAGCUAAGAAGGCACUAGGCUUUUAAGCUCUUUGGAAUCACACCAAGCUUUUUUCCAAUCUCGGUUCCACCCUGCAUAAUCCUCUUUUUAAAAAAGAGGAACAAAUGUAGGAGGAAAGG